CCUAUACCGUCCGCGUGGUGGUGGAAAUUUCCCAUGAUGACGUACAGGUCUGUGCACACCGUGAGUUCACUCAGUUUGCAAACUAACUCGACUGGAGACGCACGUAUCUACUCAUAUCUGUUGAAGUUCUUCAUCGUUUAUUACUGAUAAGAAAAAUCAGGACUGACACAAUGGGAAAAGGCUGCCUGACCGUGACCAAGUACUUCCUUUUCUUAUUCAACCUCCUCUUCUUCAUUUUCGGAGCUCUGAUUUUGGGAUUUGGAUUAUGGAUCCUUCUUGAUAACCAAAGUUUCAUUGCAGUUUUGCAGAAAUCCUCCGAUUCUCUGAAGGUGGGCGCCUACAUCCUGAUCAGUGUCGGCUCCCUGGCCAUGCUCAUGGGAUUCCUGGGCUGCAUGGGAGCCGUGUACGAGAUCAAAUGCCUUCUGGGUUUGUACUUCACCUGCCUGCUGUUAAUACUCAUUGCCCAAGUGACUGCUGUAGUCCUCAUUUACUUCCAUCGUGAAACGCUGAAGAAAGAGAUGUCCUUUAUCAUCACAGACUUGAUUGUGAAAUAUGAAGGCAACAGCACCACUGAUAUUGCCUGGGACUACAUCCAGAGGAAUGUUGGCUGCUGUGGCUGGUUGGGACCUGCAAACUGGGCAAUGAACCCUGUGAUUAAGAACAGCUCCAUGGUGCUCUACCCCUGCUCCUGUGGAAACGGCACUGCGGACAGCGACUUCUGCAGCAGCAACACCGAAGACUGGCCAGUCUACAAUGAGGGCUGUAUGGCAAAGCUACAGAAAUGGCUUUACGACAAUGUUGGAGUUAUUCUUGGAAUCUGUAUUGGAGUGGCAGUCAUUGAGAUGAUUGGAAUGAUCCUGUCCAUGUGUCUCUGCAAGAGCAUACACCAGGAAGACUACACUAAAGUCCCCAAGUACUGAGGCCAUUGAAAUUACCAAGCAAGAGAUAUGGAAUUAUGAACCAGUGUUGGCACAGGGUUGAGUUGAGGAACCAUUCUCUAUUUUAGUACUUCAGGUGCUCAUCAGCCAUUCACUGAGAGCAGCUCAUAAAUAACACAUGGGUCGUGGGUCAACUUCUGUACAUGGACUUUUGGGAAUUCUAGUUUCAGACCUAAUUUUUUUUUUGUUAUAUCAAAACUUUGAGAAUUUGUCAAAGGCCUUCAUGGAUGCACCUGUGUAAAUGUUUUUUUCCUUUUUCCUUGUUUGUUUGUUUGUUUGUUUGUUUAAGCACUUCUUUUAGUUGUAUUUUCCCAGAGCACUUUUAAACUGUUGAUCAGGAAUGUAAAGACCUCUUAAGGCUCAGAGUAAGAGCAUGUCAUGUAUGGUUAUUUUUAGCUACAUUUCACGAAGACCAAGAGGAAGCGAGCACCACCCAUUUAAGAACACAUUUUUCACAAGCUGCUUGUUACAUACUGCUGUAGUAAUUGUUCUCUGCAAAUUGUGGCAAAAGACAUAAUUGCUAUUGUGAUUACAUAUUCACAUAUACUGUAUCAUUAAUCACAUAGGGACUUGGUGACAAAGUUGUUUCACUGCCCCUCAAUUCAUACUGUUAGAGGGGCUUUUGUUUGGACAGUUGUUGGCAGAAACAUGUUUUGACUGAAAAGUUUUGCCAUGACCAUGUAAAUGCAAUAAGCAGUUCUAUGAGCUGUGUCACAUACACAAGGGUCAUUGAACAGGAUUUUUUCAAGAUCUCUGUCUGUAACACUUAAGUCCUCCUGAAAUGUGUUAUUAUUUUUUUUGCAAUGGCGCCGCAGUUCUUUCAGUGACAGGGUACCAUAGGAUGGCUCUCUUGCUAUACCAUUGCAAUGAUAUUCCAAUCCAUGCAAUACUGCAGUUCUUCCCUUGAGCCUGUUAGUGUCAUUUUCAUUGCUCCUCUCGGCAUUUGCUAAUAUUUGCCAUCAAAAAUCCACUGACCUGACUUGUCUUUAAAUGGUUUGCAUGUUUUUCUUUGUUUUUAAUAAAUGUAUAUGUUACUGUAGUUAAGGAUAGCUAAAUCAAGUAACAGAAGUUAGCCAUGAAGCCUUAUUUUGUAUGUUAACAUUUUUGAAGGGAACAUGAUUGUCAGAUGUUUUCUAUUCUCUCCUCCACUAUUGAUUUCCUUAGUAUUGCGUAUGCUCUACAAAAUUAUAACCACCUAAGAGUGAAUUCAAUAACUGGUAAAUAGACUUUGGCUUUAGUUCUGGUCUUUUUAUGUAUGUGAUGGUUUUGCCACAGGAGUGAGUGUAACCCAGCCAUUGAGGUUCAUGUUACUUUGAACCCCAAUAUAAUGUCAUUGGAGCUUCUGCCUUUUAAAGGACUAAAACCUAAGGAAAAAAUGUAUACCUAUUACCUUGAAUAAAGUGAUAUUUUCGAAACCUUGUUCAGAAAAAUGGAAAGUAUCAAGACUUGGUUAAUACCCCUAUAAUGGGAAAAAUGUAUUUCACUUUUUUUUUUUUUUUUUUAAUGUAAUGUAUAUCAGGGUCACAUCCAGAGCCUGCAGCAUAUUUUUUGUAACUCAUUUUGGUACAGUAGAAAAAGGGGUGCAUAUAGUAGCUCCUGAAUUAACAUUGUAAGUUUAUUUUAAGGAAAUGGUGUUAAUGUUUUUUUUUUUUUUAACUCCUCCUCUGAGGAACAUUAUAGCACGAUGGCUGAAAUGUAAGCAUUUAAGAACUGGAAUAACAGCAUGUUACCCAAAGGAUGAAUGUUUCAAAGCAGGCAGUCGUGCUCCCAACAAAAACAUAGCUAUGGCACGUCUAUUUUCUGAGCUGCUUGACUUUUGAAAACUUUGGUCUCAGUCCUAAGCUGACAAGAGGGACUAAUGUCAAAUCCAGCUCCGUAAGGGUCCUAAUGACUGGGCAUUCACCAUUGUUCUGGUUUCAGGAAUGUUUUCUAUAGUACAGACUGUGCAAAUAGCCAGCAAGGUCAAUAUUAUUUAGUACUUUAAGCUUUAAGAGGCAUGUUAUUUAGUACUUUAAAAUAAUAAAUGCUUUUUAUUUUUAAAAAACAUUUGAUUGUAAGUACAAUCAGGUGUAUUCACACAAUUGUUUCCUAUAUACAAUAUUAGAACUAGAUUUUAGUAUAAGGAGCAUUAUUACAAGGUACGUUUUUGUCUGGUAAAUGUAAUUAAAGUAAUAAUAAAAAAUCACCCCCCUAA